AUGCGACCGGUGGCAGACCUCCGUGAGUGCGUCGGUGAGGGACGCCGGUGUUAUGACCCGCGGGUGGGCCUUAAGCGCCAGGCUGCCGAGGUCAGUGAGGGACACUUCGGAUUCCCCGGCGUCCGGCUCGUCCGCCUCGAACAGCGACGGCAGUGCUUCGGAGUUGAGGCCCAGGUACACGGCGUUGUACGCGUUUUGGAGGGAGAGGCAUUUUUUGAGGUGUUUGUUGUCCUCUGUCUCCUUAAUGUUCUGGGUGACCAAGACAAACACGUCGCGGCCGUUGCACUCGUCGCGCAGCUCGCCGUCCUGCUGAGUGUGGGAGGUGGAGACCUUGUAGCCGCAGCGGUGGAGGAAAGUGCCGAGUUUACUGCUUGCAUUAAUGUUCAGAUCCCUCCACUUGCCGUCUUUGCCGCACUGCUCCGCCAGCCUGUUGAAGGCGUCGCAGAGUGUGGGCAGCAGGGUGAGAAAGACCUUGGCGCACUGCUCACCUUCUUCAUCGGUGAACUGUGCGCCGGCGUAGGUGGAGACGUACGCACAUGUGAACUCGGCGGCGAACUGUGUGAGUCCCUCCACCAGGCCGUCCAGCAGGGGACUUGA